AUGGCCACUACUCUCUCUGAAGCCUAUAGAGACCUCCCUCUUAACCUCCAUCAUAUUAUCCCCUUGGACUUUUCUUCACUUAGGACCUUACCUGAUUCUCAUGCAUGGCCUCAAUCUGAUGAUGAUCAUCAUCAUUUCUCAUUCAAUGGAUGCUAUGAUGGAGUUGAAUCAUUCAUACCCAUCAUAGACCUCAUGGAUCCUAAUGCCAUGGAACUCAUAGGCCUUGCAUGUGAAAAGUGGGGUGCCUUCCAAUUGAAGAACCAUGGCAUACCCUUGAGUGUUAUUGAAGAGGUUCAAGUGGAGGCAAAGAAGCUCUUUGCCCUCCCCGCCGAGCAGAAAUUGAAAGGCCUGAGAUCAGCCGGCGGUGCCACCGGAUACGGCAGAGCUCGGAUAUCACCAUUUUUUACCAAGUACAUGUGGCAUGAAGGAUUUACCAUCAUGGGUUCUCCAUCUGAUGAUGCUAAAAAGAUCUGGCCUAAUGACUAUGAACGAUUUUGUGAUAUAAUGGAGAACUACCAGAAGCAAUUGAAGAUGCUAGCAGAGAAACUAACACACAUGAUAUUCAACUUAUUGGGCAUUUCAGAUGAAGAAAAGAAGUGGAUUGGUUCAACCAACCACUGUGGGGCUGUUCAGCUGAAUUUCUACCCUUGUUGUCCAGAGCCAAACCGAGCCAUGGGUCUAGCACCACACACAGACACGUCCCUUCUCACAAUACUCCACCAAAGCCAAACCAGUGGCCUCCAAAUCUUCAAGGAAGGUGUAGGGUGGGUCCCUGUGCACCCUGACCCUAACGCCCUCGUUGUUAACACUGGUGACAUUAUGCAUAUCAUUUCAAACUCAAGGUUUCGCUGUGCGUUACACCGUGUAACCGUGAACAACACAAAGCAGAGAUACUCGGUGGCUUAUUUCUAUGGUCCCCCAGUGGAUUAUGUAGUUUCUCCUUUGGUUCUCAACUCUGUGCCUCGCUUUCGUGCUUUGACUGUGAAGGAGUAUAUAAGCAUUAAGGCCAAAAAUCUUGGGGGUGCUUUGUCUUUGAUUAGUACACACUUAAAAACUAAUUGA